AUGAAAAUCUUUCAAACCCUCCUCAUACUGUGCAUUCUUUCUGUUUGGUUUCAUCAGAUAUCUGCCUUUCCAAUCAAACCACCAAAUCAUAGAACAAGCUCGUGUAGAAAUAUUUACUGCCUCAUUCCUUGUAGAUAUGGAUACAAGGUUGAUCGAUUCGGUUGCCAAAUAGCUUGUGAUUGCAAUCCAGCACCAUGUAGAGUAUACAAUUGUCUUGUAGCAUGUCCACACGGAUACAAGGUAGAUGAAAAUGGUUGUCAAGUUGCUUGUGACUGUAAAGAAUCUGCAAAUGAAAGUACUCCGUGUGAAAACGAAGCAGAAGCAAGUUAUUUAGCUUAG